AUGACUUCAAGCACACCCGCCACGCCGGAGCUCCUCGACCUCACCAUCGACAACAUCACCCCCAACACUCUCCGCAUCAACGCGCAAUGCCCUUCCCCUCGCCUCCGCUACCUCAUGGAGCGCCUCGUCACGCACCUCCACGACUUUGCGUGCGAAACCCGCCUCAGCACCGCCGAGUGGACGGCCGCGAUCCAGUUCCUCACCCGCACGGGCCAGACGUGCACCGACGUGCGCCAGGAGUUCAUCCUACUGUCCGACAUUCUAGGCCUGUCGCUGCUCGUCGACUCUAUCAACCAUCCCAAGCCGCCGUCGUGCACCGAGGGCUCCGUGCUCGGGCCCUUUCACACGCACGACGCGCCGCGCAUGGCCUCGGGAGGCGCCAUGUCGGCCGACCCGACCGGCGAGCCGCUGCUGGUGCUGUGCAGCGUGCGCGACCGCGACGGGAGGCCGAUUCCGGACGUCACGGUGGAUAUCUGGGAGACGGACGCCUCGGGCCACUACGAUGUGCAGCAUGCGGAGCGCGGGGCGCCGAGCGAGCGGUGCGUGAUGCGCAGCGACGAGGAGGGUAAGUUCUGGUUCAGGGCGAUCACGCCGGUGAGCUACCCGAUUCCGACGGACGGGCCGGUCGGGCAGCUGCUCCAGAAGCUGGGACGGCAUCCCUGGCGGCCGGCGCACAUGCAUUUCAUGCUGGAGAAGCCCGGCUGGGAUCAUCUCAUCACCGCUGUAUAUGUCCGGGGGGAUCCGUAUGAAAAGACAGAUGCAGUAUUCGGCGUCAAGCAGAGCCUCAUCGUGGACUUGGAGCCCAUUGACGAGGCCACGGCGUCGCAGUACGGCGUCGAUGCGGGGGGCAAAGUGCUCCGACAAGAUUUCGUGCUGGCAAGCGAAAAGGACACCGCUGAGCUCCGCGAUAAAAACGCGACGGAAGCCUUGAAGAACCUCGGCCUCAACAUGAAGCUGGUGGACCAUCUCCCUGUACCCGAUCUAGAUUAG